GUUGAGGAAUUGAGGAAGUGAAUUUUACAUCAAAUGCGGACUUGAAAUGAUAGAUCACCGGAUUUCUAACUUUGUAGCAUCGCGGCAAGUAUCACAUUAAAGCUGUGCAUGUUUCGGAGCAGACUGCGUGCUUUAUGGUAGAUGACCUCAGUUAGCCUAGUGCUCUUUCAAGCGCUGUUAAAAACAUUUAGUGCGAUUUCGACCUAACGUCACUGGACCAGGAAAUAAAACGCAACACAAGGCAGCAGAUGAAGAACUGAUGCUGAUGAAAAAGAGAAACCAUACGUGUUUGAUAGUGUCCAGCAUGGCUUUAUUAGCCGUGCUCAUGAUGGUGCUGUACGGCACCAUUGGCACCCAGCCUCCCGUCACCUCCAGCCUCAAACAUGACUACCAGCUGCUGGGCAGACCUCUGUACAGACUGGACUUGGGCUGGCCCAAGAACCCAGAGGUGUUCACCGGGGACGUGUUUGCAGUGGCUGUUAACCAGUAUUCUGCUGUGGUGUAUGUGGCACAGAGAGGCAACAAUGUGCCCAAGGUGCUGGUGUUCACCACAGAUGGAGAUUUCCUCAUGUCCUGGAAUACAACCACGCUGGAGAUGCCUCAUGGCAUGUUUUUGGCAGAUGCUGCUUCGUCAAACCCUACAGUGUGGAUCACAGAUGUGGGGAGCGGCCCAUACGGCCACUGCAUCAAACAGUACUCAUCAUCUGGGAAGCUCCUGCAGGUGCUUGGUACGCCAGGGAAGGCAGGUACUGGGUUGAACCCUCUGCAGUUUGACCAGCCGGCUGAGAUCUUUGUCCAUGACUCAGGAGAGAUGUACAUCGUGGAUGGUGAUGGCGGGAUGAAUAACCGCCUCAUUAAGCUGUCUAAAGAUCAGGAGGUAGUGUGGAUGCAUGGAGAAAAAGGACAACGCCCGGCUCAGUUCUACAUCCCCCACAGCGUGACCGUAGACAGCGCCCAGAGGGUCUGGGUGGCCGACAGGGGGAAUAAGAGGAUCCAAGUUUUUAACUCCAUCACCGGAGACUGGUUGGGGACAUGGGGGAGCUGCUUCACAGAGGAUGCACCCUACUCAGUUCGCUUGACCCCGGACAAGAAGUACUUUGUUGUUGUCCAGCUUAACACCCACCAGAUCUCAAUGCUGGAUGCCCCACCGGUGGGUUUGAUUGGCCAGUGCAGAGUGGUCAGUGUGAUCCAGCUGGCUGAUGAAGUGAAGCCCCACCUGGUGGACCUGGACCUGAAGACAGGGGCCCUAUAUGUGGCAGAGAUUGCAGCUCAGCAGGCCCAGAAGUUCACCCCCUUCAGUCUGGGUGGAAGCAUCUAGUAGUGCCACAAUUGGAAAUGGAGUGAUCGAUCAGACACAAACUGCGUCAGUCAUAAGCAUUACCAGUUAUCUAAAACUGGACUGAAAAUGUCCACAUCUGUUAUUGUAAUUUGCAGUCAUGUGAUCAGGAAAAAGAAUCACAAAAUGAUUCUUUGAUGAAGCCUAAUAAAAUAAUAAAUAAUAAAAAUAAAAAGAUUUAGAUGUCUAAGGUAUCACCUGACAACCCUGUCUCAUAGAAAUUACCUUUUUAUUAUAAUACAGGUUUGCAACAGUAUUCAUGUUUCAAAAGAAACAUAAUGCUGUAUAAACACCUUUUUUUUAAAUCAACAAAAUAAGAAAAGGUGUUUGUUUCUGCAAAGUUGCAAAAUGUUCAUACUGAACACAGUUUCAAAACAUCCACAAAAUGUGACGUGUGUCUUUUAUUUUCUUACAAUAUCCGCUCAUAGCAAAGAUGGCCUGAUUAGUGUUCUAUGCUUUUGUUUAGGCAACACACAGCACUUAGUCAAAGGUUAGAGGAAUCUUGUUUUGUUACGUGUUUUCUUUUUGAUUAAUCGACCAAAACUUCAAAAAGUGUUGUAGAAACCCAAUCUUAACCUUAUGUGGGACGCAACAAACCUUAAUCUCUGGUGUCAAAGUCCUGCAUUACAAAAAAGCAGCACCUCAGGGACUUGAACAAAGUAACAACAAAGUUGACAGUUGAUGGCAAAGUAUGCACUGUACAUCUGUAUAAAGAGAAAAUAAGAGAAAUAAAUUAUAAGACCUGAGAGUGAAUCAACAGAUUCUUAAAGGGAUAGUUCAAAUUUUUUGAACUGGCGUUGUACGGGAUAUUUAUCCAUAGUCAGUUUAUCACAUACAGCAGGAGUCAGUCGGCACAGCCCAGUUUGGAGAUGCAGGCUGGAGUCCAGCACGAAAGCUAAGCUAAAAUAGGCUAUGUUUUGUUGCUGGCCCCUCCACAGCAGUACAUCGCCUCGCUUCCGUGUCAAAUUCCAGCCUGCUUCUCCAAACAGGAGGUGUGUCGAAUGACAUCUACUGUAGGUAAUACACUGACUAUAAAUAUGUACCUGAUACAACCCCACUUCAAAAGGUCUGAAUUAUCCCUUUAAUAUUAAAGGACCGGAAUCAGGACCAACAUAAUCAGUGCAUCCCUACUUUCAAUUGAGCCAUUUGACAUGUGAAUGAGAAAUGCAGAAACAAUCCCAUCAAACAGAGGCUUAUGUGCUUAUGUGCCAGGUUGUCCUGUUCACUAAUGCAUUCACAGUAUUUGGCAAAAAAAUGUAGUAUAUAAAUGUCAUUUUUUUGAGACAGGGUUUCCUCUGACGAAGCAUGUGCUGGUUUAAAAAGUUAUUAAUAUUCAGUGUUCAAUACUACAAUGGAAUUCAAAGUGGAAAAUAUUUGGUAACACUGGACUUAUAAAACAAUGUAAGGACUGGGCGUGGGUCAAUUAAAUAAUUCGUUAAAGUACUUGUGUAAAGUGUGAAACAAAGCCAAUUCUACUAUUACAGUAUAUUAUGCACUUAAUGAAAACCAGGUUUCUUUACAGUAGAUAAAGGUAAUUUUGUUGGUUAUUUAUUAUCAAAGCACUGUUAUCAAUGAUUGCUAUUCUAAGGUGAACAUAUGGCUAAUGCAUUUAUUAUUGUUUUUUGCUGUGUGUGAAGUGAAGUGCCAUCUGUAUUUUUCAUGACUUUGCAGCAGUUUCCUUUCCUCACUGCAGACACUUGAAACUCUCUUGUGCUUUUUGCCGGUUCAGCCUUUUGCCAGUAUAUGGCUGUUUCUAAAGACAUUUGUAUGAUUACACAUGUAAACAUGUGUAAAAGGCCAGAGCUGAACUGCCUAGCGGGCUGUUUGACCUGAGAUGUCUAUAAUUAUCAAAGCAGCACUUAAUAAUGCAGUGAAUAAAUACAGUGUCUGAUGUUUAAUUCUUUCUGAAAAAUGAUUUGCUAUUGUAGGUCUAUAGUUAAUCUUGAUGUAUCAUAUUACUGUCUUGCAGUGUAUUUGCUGUACUACAGAAUCACCUGUAUUUUGAUAUUAUCAUUGUUAGGAAAGCAUUGUGAUUGCUUAAUUGCUUUUUCAGUGUUGCCACUAUCAGUCACUGUGCAGGCUGUGUGGGAAAAUGAAUUAUUUGUGAUUUCCCUGGAGAUUUAGUGAAGUAGGAAGUGAUACUUGUGGCCACUUGCUGCUGUCGGUUCAAAAGUCCUUCAGACAGUGACAGAAAACAAGGUACUUCCACACUGUAUAGAGCUGUGGGAUUGUUGCACUUAUGCUCAUUGCAUCCUCUAUUUAGUACAAGCCUCUGUCCAAUAACUGAGCUAAAUGUGAAUCAUACAACUUUUGUUUUCAAGCCCUGGCUUGCUGGUAAUGAUGGAGUCCAGGAAUCCAGUUUUACGCAUCAAGUUUAGUUUACUCACCUUUAGGAGUGCUACUGAACAGUUGUCUUUAGGGAGGCACGUUUAUAUCGGCACGUCAUUGGUACUGGAAAGUAUUGGCUUCAAAAUGAAUGAUCAGAAUCGGCCAACAGGCUUUUCCUUUUUUUGCAAAAUGACUGAAUAUUACAUAUAUUAAAAAGCAUUCUAUUUCAUGUCUCCAUCUGCUGGUGGGCCAUCAGGGUGCAUGUAGGAUAUGACUUAAAUUCCACUACAGAAGAGACUUGAUGAUCACUAAAAUUAGGAAGGGAAAAAAGUGGAUAUAUCGAUAUCGGUAUUGGUCAUCAGCCAAAUAAGUUCUUAUAUAUCAGUAUAUCGGAUAUUGGCAAAAAAUCCAAUAUUGUGCAUCCCUAGUUGUCUUACGUCUUGCACAGCUCUGCAGGAGCUUUGUCAAGUCUAAGAAAAUAGAACUCAGUUUGGGCUUGGAGAUGACAAAUCUUAAAUAAGUAGCCUGCGUUAGUGACGGUGUGGAUUAUGAAAAGAUGUGGGCAUUUGCAAGGCAGGCUUGGUCUGCAGAAGAUGCUAUUGCAUUAUGGGAAAUGUAGAAUUUAGCCUUUUUGAAAUUUUGACUAGAGUCAGGACAUCUCUCCAGCUGUAUGGAAGUGCAAUACUCAAUCUAAUCACCAGUAAAAAUGAAAUGUUAGCAUUGUACAUUUCUGCAAACCAUGGAUAUGUUACAUUUGUUCAUUAUUAUGUAGCAGGUACAUUGGUUAUAGUUAGGAAAAUAUUAUGUUUUGGCUUAGAAUACCUUGUUUUGGGGGCAUAAUCCUGGGCAACAAUGUCUCUGUAAAAAACAACGUUUUUUUGUACAGCUACCCCCAGCUGCAAUAGGUCACUAAAAAAACUCACUUUUGGUGUCUAUAAAGAUGCUGGAAACAGCAAUGACUUGACUUCACAGCCAGUUUUGUUGUUUGUAGGUCUCAUCUUCAAUGGUCUGCAGCUUGGCAGGCACCUCAUCUAGUUGACACACCAUCCACCAUCCCCUCCAUCUCCUGAUGACAAAGUCAGCUCAUACUUCAGAAACAUUGAUAGAUACAUAUGAAACAUGCAAAUGUAACGUAAACAUGGUUUGCAGAAACUUACAAUGCCAAUAAUUUCUUCUGGAGACUGGGCUGCAAUACAGCAUUACUGGAGCCUUGAAAAUAUUUUUUUUUAAAUCAACAGCAGCAAUGUGAAAUGUGCCAAUGCUGCUCUUUUGUCCUGAUAUACUUUGAGACAGUGUUCUAUGUUGAAGGUUAUUGUAUGUAAAACAGGCAAAGUGACCAGUGAGUUUCAGUGAAGGACGUAUAGUUUAUUUGGUUUUAUUUUUAUCAUUUUCCAUGUGUACAAUAAACUGGGAUGCAUGCAUUUAUUGAUGUAUAGAGCUCUGCAUAAUAAUAGUAUAGUGUUGGAAAAUGCAUUUUAAGCUUAAUCCCAAUAAAAACAACAUGGUGAGUUGGCCUGUAUAUGCAGUAGGUACUUGCACAUAUGGGUUUACAGAGUGUUGAGUAUGUGUGUCUUUUGUUGUCCAUAUUUGUAUAAUUUGUCUAAAAAGUGAAAAUUGUUGUACAUGAAGUUUUAUUUUUCAUUUGAAGUCACUUUUGAAAUGUUAUUUUGUCUUCUUUUAAAUUCUUGCUGGCAGAGAACCCAAGAGUGAAUGAUACUUCAAAUAAAAACAUUAAUCAUA